GCGAAGUGGCAGAUUUUACUUACAGAAUUCGACAUUGUGUACGUUACUCGUACCGCUAUGAAAGCGCAAGCAUUGGCCGAUCAUUUGGCAGAGAACCCAGUUGACAAUGAUUAUGAGCCUUUGCGAACUUACUUUCCCGAUGAAGAGAUAAAUUCAAUUGAGGAAGAAGUUCAAGAUGAUAUGUAUGCAUGGAAAUUAUAUUUUGAUGGGGCAGUCAAUGUCAAAGGAGUAGGAAUUGGGGCGGUUCUUGUCUCACCAACCGGGCAUCAUCAUCUCGCCACAGCACGACUCCAUUUCUUUUGUACUAAUAACACAGCAGAAUAUGAAGCUUGCAUCAUGGGGUUAAAUAUGGCAAUAAAUCUGGAUGUGCACAAGCUAAUAGUGUUGGGAGAUUCCGAAUUACUCAUUCAACAAAUUCAAGGUGAAUGGGAAACGAGAGAUAUCAAGCUCAUUCCAUACAAACAGUUCGUAGAGGACCUUAGCAAAAGGUUUGAGUCUAUCAAGUUUAGACAUAUUCCCAGAUCCCAUAAUGAGUUGGCUGAUGCCCUGGCUACCCUAGCUUCCAUGCUCCCGUACCCAGGAAAUACGCAUUUCGACCCAUUAGAGAUACAGAUACGAGAUCAACAUGGUUAUUGCAAUAUAAUUGAUGCAGAACUAGAUAAUGAACCUUGGUACUAUGAUAUCAAACGCUUCCUAAAGUCAAAAGAAUAUCCAAUACACGCCAAAGCAGAUCAAAAAAGAACCAUUAGGAGACUUGCUAAUGGUUUAUUCUUAAGUGGGGAGAUCCUGUACAAACGAACCCCAGACUUGAACUUGUUGAGAUGUUUUAAUAUUCAGGAAGCCGAAAGAAUCAUGAAUAACGUACAUUCGGGGGUGUGCGGUUCGCAUAUGAAUGGCUAUGUUUUAGCAAAGAAGAUCAUGCGGGCAGGAUAUUAUUGGUUAACUAUGGAGCGAGAUUGCUUUCGCUUUGUUCGCAAGUGUCAUCAGUGUCAAAUUCAUGGUGAUUUGAUUCACUCGCCACCUUCAGAGCUGCAUCCUAUGUCUGCUCCUUGGCUCUAUGGGACAGAAGCUGUAAUACCCGCAGAAGUCGAAAUUCCCUUGCUUCGAAUCAUUAGUGAAGCCGAAAUUGACGAUACUGAAUGGGUCAAGUCUAGACUAGAACAAUUAUCAUUAAUAGAUGAAAAGAGGUUGACGGCAGUUUGCUUUGGUCAAUUAUACCAGAAAAGGAUGGCGCGAGCUUACAAUAAGAAGGUUUUCCGCAAAUUACAGGUCUAUCCAAGAACGAAAUCUCAUCUCCGGUUAAAAUAUAGAAGAAUG